AUGGAGGUCAGGCGGCGAAAUGUGGGGUUGGCGAAUGAAGAAUUAAGACCUACUGUUUCUCAGAAAAUAAGCAACUUGGAUGUCUUCACAAAACUUCCACAAGAAUGUAAGAAAUCGACAUGGAGUGGUGGUUUAGUCACAAUUCUUACAUUUGUUUGCAUAUUUUGGUUGCUUGUGGUGGAAUUUCGCCGUUAUCUUAACCCUCCAGUCAGUUAUACUUAUGAAGUAGACAGGUUAAUAUCUGGAAAAGUAAAGGUCAAUGUUGAUAUUGUUGUUGCUUCUCCAUGUGAUGCUAUUUCUAUGGAUGUGGUAGAUACUGUUGGGUCUUCACUGGUUGACAAAGAAGAAAUACAAUAUGUGCCGGUGUUUUUCGAACUAAGCCCUUCAGACCACACUGCAUUCAAGAACCGACAAUUACUUGCUGGAGCUAUGCGUUCAAAUCAUCACAAUCCUGAUGCCUGUCGAAUUGUCGGCACUUUAUUUGUCAAGAAAGUUGAAGGAAAUAUACACAUAUUGUUUGGAAAGCCUCUAAGAGGACUUGGCAAUCUUCAUCUACAUAUUGCACCCUUUUCAGGUCAAAUGGCUCGUAAUUUCAGUCAUCGUAUAUAUCAUUUCUCAUUUGGAGAGCGUAGAAAAGCUCAAAUCGAUCCGUUAGAGGCAAUUGAAGCAAUCACUGACAGUGCUACAACUUCAUUUCAAUACAUUUUAACAAUGGUACCAACUAAAUUGAUGAUAUAUCCAUUUCAUGUAUUGGAAACAUAUCAGUAUGCAGCGACUAUACAAAAUAGAACAAUCGAUCAUGCUGAAGGUAGUCAUGGAAUACCUGGAAUCUUUUUCAUUUAUGAUACUUUCCCAUUAGUUAUAAAAAUUCAAUAUGAUCGUGAAUUAUUUGGUACAUUUCUUGCAAAACUUGCUGCUAUCGCUGGUGGAAUAUUUGCAACUGUUACAUUUCUACGUGAAAUUCUUUCAAAUCUACCAGAUAUUCUAUAUGAAACACGUAUUGGUCGUCGAAUUCAUUCAAUAUGGACACAUCGAAAAAGAAAUUUACACAAUAAACUAGUUGAAAUUCUUCCAAAUGGUUUAGAAAAGACUGGACUACUGAUGAAAUCACCUUCAGAAAUUGUACUUAAUCCUGACUCAGAUACUUGA